AUGGGAUAUGUGGCAGGCGUUUCCGAAGUCCAGGCCCCCAUCCUGCCCGACUCCACGCAUAAUUCGCCUUUCUCUCGCGAGGGCGGCAAUGCACUGCCAAGCCCAAAUCCCUCCACCUCGUUUUCUGAGUGGUCAGCCCUCAGUGAGAGCCUCAUUGCCAUGCAGAAUCAACAUGCACCUCUCACACGCGACUGCAUUCACUUUUUGCCGGAGCUUGAGCCAGGCACACUCUUGGUUGCCAAUCCGAACACAAAAUCUUGCGAACUCCGACACUUGCAGAAUGCCGUUGUCUUGGUGAUAGGCUACGACGAGGGCCAUGGAACGAUUGGCAUCAACUUGACUUGCUUGUGUCACUCGGAGCUUCCCGUACCUCCUCUCGAGCUGGUGAGUGUGCCAUUGCGAAUUGGCGGCGACUCACUAUCAGAGGAAGUUGUUGGCCUGUAUAAAACGCCUGAAGGCGUUCCAGACUUUCCCGGGACGUUAGUCAAGGGGCUAUCAUUUAUUUUUGGUUUCAGUACGAUUCUACACGGCGUCAAUCAUGGGAAUGUUGAUAAGACCCAUCUUCGGAUGUAUCACUUCCGUCAGCAUUGGGGACGUGGAGAACUGGAGGCACAAGUUAAGCAAGAGGCUUGGAGCAUAGUCGCGGUACCGAGCAACUACAUUUUUGAUCUCAAACCAGACGAAAUAUACACGUUUUUGGUGAAUGCACUAGACUUAGGAUGA